AUGAAUUUGGCCAGCACCGGUGGAGGCGGUACCGGCACCUCAAGCAGCACCUCGCAAGGCAGCGGCGUAAGCGGUGGGGGUACCGGUUCUGCUGAUCGAAGUUUGUCGGCCGCGGCGGCUGGUAGUAGCAGUGGUGGUGGUGGCGGUGGUGGACAGAGCGCGAGUGGCAGUGUAAACAGCGCCGGCAGUGGUGGUGGCAGUUCCGGUAGCGAGAUGCCAGCCGAAAUCAUUCGACCGAAGGUUGUGACGGUGAAGCACCCGGAAUCGAACAAACCCAAACCCACCACCAAGAAGGGCAAAGCGAUCCAGGCCGAUGUGGAUGUGAUGAAGGAGUUCCAGCGGUGUAAGGAGGAGAACAUCCAGCGGCUGGAUCUGAGCAAAUCGUCCAUCACGGUGAUACCGGCCUCGGUCAAGGACUGCACCACGCUUGUGGAGUUCUAUCUUUACGGCAAUAAGAUAUCGUCGCUUCCACCGGAAAUCGGGUGCCUGGCGAAUCUGAAGACACUGGCACUGAAUGAAAACUCGCUCACCUCUCUGCCGGAAUCGUUGCAAAAUCUGAAACAACUCAAAGUGCUCGAUCUGCGGCAUAACAAACUGUCGGAGAUCCCGGACGUGAUCUACAAGCUACACACCCUGACCACGCUCUAUCUGCGCUUCAAUCGGAUCCGCGUCGUUGGCGACAAUCUGAAGAAUCUUUGCAACUUGACUAUGCUAAGUCUGCGGGAGAAUAAAAUUCACGAACUACCGGCCGCCAUCGGCCAUCUGGUCAAUCUUACCACGCUCGAUCUUUCGCACAAUCACUUGAAGCAUCUGCCAGAGGCGAUCGGUCAGUGCGUUAACCUCACCGCGCUCGAUUUGCAGCACAACGAUCUGCUCGAUAUACCGGAAACGAUUGGAAAUUUGGCGAAUCUGAUGCGUCUGGGGCUUCGGUAUAAUCAGCUCACAUCGAUACCGACAGCCCUCAAGAACUGCACGCACAUGGACGAGUUCAACGUAGAAGGUAACGGUAUUAGCCAGCUGCCGGACGGGUUGCUGGCAAGCCUGAGCAACCUAACCACGAUCACGCUGUCGCGAAACGCGUUCCACAGCUACCCGUCGGGCGGGCCGGCUCAGUUCACCAACGUUACCAGUAUCAACCUUGAGCACAACCAGAUCGACAAGAUACAGUACGGUAUCUUUUCGCGCGCCAAAGGACUCACAAAGUUGAACAUGAAGGAGAACGCCCUCACGUCGCUGCCGCUAGACAUCGGCACAUGGACGCAGAUGGUGGAGCUAAACUUUGGCACGAACUCAUUGACCAAACUGCCCGACGACAUCCACUGCCUGCAGAGCCUCGAGAUACUGAUCCUGUCGAACAAUUUGCUAAAGCGCAUCCCAAACACGAUCGGCAAUCUAAAGAAGCUGCGAGUGCUGGACCUGGAAGAGAACCGUCUUGAAUCGUUGCCGUCCGAGAUAGGGCUGCUGCACGAUCUUCAGAAGCUGAUCUUGCAAUCGAACCAGCUCAGCUCUCUGCCGCGUACGAUCGGUCACCUAACAAGCCUCACCUAUCUUUCGGUUGGGGAAAACAAUUUACAGUUUCUUCCGGAGGAGAUCGGUACGCUCGAGAACCUCGAGUCGCUGUAUAUCAACGAUAAUUCCUCGCUCAUCAAGCUACCGUAUGAGCUGGCCCUUUGUCAAAAUCUGGCUAUUAUGAGCAUCGAAAACUGUCCACUGUCCGCCCUGCCACCGGAAGUCGUCAGCGGAGGUCCGAGCCUGGUCAUACAGUACCUCAAGCUGCACUCGCCCUACCGACAGAUGUGAUUUGUUGGCGCGGAGAGCGGACGCGGAACCGAGCACGAUCAAUGCUGGCGCCGGCCAGCCACGUCGGUGAUCACCGGGCAAGU